GCCUUCGAGUCUGAAGAAGGGGCCCGUCCCGGAACGUCACCUAUUCCUUCUCCCCAGAGAUGCUGCCUGGCCCGCUGUGUUACUCCAGCACCACAGUGUUCAGCGCGAUGGUUGUUACUGGCGGUGUGGCUCAUUUGAUCGUCGUAUCUCUUAUUUUAGGUCGAGUGGCCCUUGCCACCGGAUCACAAGUGCGAGGAUACCCGGGACAGGCGAUCACUCUGCCGUGCCACUACUCUGUCCAAAUGAAUGGUAAAACUAAGAUGUGCUGGGGUCGGGGACAGUGCCGUCCCUUUGGCUGUGGAUCUGAACUGAUUAAAACAAACGGAGAAACAGUAACUUCAGCAGGAUCCGAGAAAUAUCAGCUUGGUGGUAACAUUGAACAAGGGGACGUGUCGCUCACGAUAAAGCAGCUCCGGAAAGAAGACGGCGGAUGGUAUUGCUGCCGUGUGCAGUUCACUGGACCGUUUAAUGAUGGGAAAGUGAAUUUGAAUGUCCUGGUUUUGGAUGAGAUCACCACACUGAAUCCUUCAACCACAAAUGAGUCUGUCCAUGCACAGGAUGCAAACUCUGUCACAGCGUCUACAUUUGAAGGUACUCGAGAAAUUCUGAGCUCUACGAUAACUACGAAUGGAAUCAACAGUACUUCCGAACAACACGGAGACACAAAUCUUAAACUUUUUCUUAGCAUUGGUUUUCUGGUUUUGCUCUCUUUGACUGGAAUAGCAAUGUUCAUCUUCUUGAAAAACUCAAAGAAUUCCACAAAAAGGAACACUUUAAACAAUGUUAUUGAACUGCAACAGCAUCAAGCAAUUGAAGAAAAUAUAUAUCAAGUUUCUUAAAGAACUAUUUUGUGCACUAAGUAAUAAUAUUGAUUAAUUAGUUAAUAGUUUUAGAAUGUUGUAAUGCCUAAACUAUUGAGUAAACAAGAAUAGGAAAAUAAAUUAAGUGAAAUUAUUUGUAAAUCGAUCAAAAUAUAUUGUUGUAUUAAAUGUGUGGAGCCUUGAUAAUGUUUGACUUUACAUGGUAAAAGCCUUUAAAACAGAAAACUUCACUGGCCAUUGUGAGCCAUCGAUUAUUAUGCAACCUUAUAAUUCAAGUUAGAUGGCUUCGAAAUUCUCGUGCAGCCAAACAAAUGUGAACUUAAGAAGUGCAUAAGGUCCAAGGCAAGAAUUUGGACAGAGGGAGGAAUGGGGUGCUGGCA